GGCUGUUUCCUGCAGUGCUGAACCUGGCUAGUAAUGCUCUCAUCACAACCAAUGCUACCUGUGGAGAAAAGGGACGGGAAAUGUACUGCAAACUCGUUGAACAUGUACCUGGACAGCCUGCAAGGAAUCCUCAGUGCCGUAUUUGUGAUUUAAGAAGCAAGGUUCCACAUCAACGACAUCCAAUAACAAAUGCAAUUGAUGGCAAGAACACUUGGUGGCAAAGCCCUAGUAUCCAGAAUGGAAUUGAAUAUCAUUAUGUGACCAUUACCUUGGACCUCCAACAGAUUUUCCAGAUUGCAUAUGUUAUUGUGAAAGCAGCUAACUCACCUCGUCCUGGGAACUGGAUUUUGGAGCGUUCGCUGGAUGGUGUAGACUACCAACCAUGGCAGUAUUAUGCUAUCACAGACAGUGAGUGCCUGACACGCUACAACAUUCAUCCCCGUCCUGGAACUCCAUCCUAUAUAAAAGAUGAUGAAGUCAUAUGCACUUCUUAUUACUCCAAAAUCCAUCCUCUGGAAAACGGAGAGAUUCACACUUCUCUAAUUAAUGGGCGGCCUAGUGCUGAUGAUCCUUCUCGUGAAUUGCUGGAAUUCACCUCUGCUCGCUUUAUUCGCCUGCGAUUCCAGAGGAUACGGACACUAAAUGCUGAUUUAAUGAUGUUUGCACACAAAGAUCCAACUGAAAUUGAUCCCAUUGUUACGAGGAGGUAUUACUAUUCUAUAAAAGACAUAUCUGUUGGAGGUAUGUGUAUAUGUUCAGGCCAUGCGAAGGCUUGUCCACUGGAUCCAAUGACCAAUAAAUCAGUCUGUCAGUGUGAGCACAACACAUGCGGAGAGACAUGUGAUCAGUGUUGUCCUGGUUUCCAUCAAAAGCCUUGGCAUGCUGGCACUUUCCUGCAUAAGCAUGAAUGUGAACCAUGCAACUGUCAUGGGAAGACUGAGGAGUGUUACUAUGAUCAGGAUGUUGCAGACAGAAAUCAGAGUCUGAAUAUCCAAGGAGAAUACAUUGGGGGUGGAGUGUGUGUGAAUUGUACAGACUUCACCAGUGGCAUAAACUGUGAGACCUGCAUUGAUGGAUACUUCAGACCUAAAGGGGUAUUGCCAGAUAGCCGAGAUCCAUGCCAGCCAUGUUCCUGUGAUCCAAAUGGCUCUUUAAAUGAUACUUGUGUUAAGGAUGAGAAACAUGCAGAAGGAGAUAUGUUGCCUGGUUUCUGUCACUGCAAGACUGGCUAUGGAGGAGAGAGCUGCAAUCAAUGUGCCUUGGGUUAUAAAGGAUAUCCCGAGUGCCUACCCUGCAACUGCUCACUGAAAGGCAGUGAGAAUGAUGACCCGUGCAUAGGUCCUUGCAUCUGCAAGGAACAUGUUGAAGGAGAAAACUGUGACCGUUGCAAACCAGGUUUCUUCAAUCUUCAGCAAAAUAAUCCUGAAGGCUGUGAGGAAUGUUUCUGCUCUGGGAAAACAAACAUCUGCACACACUCUCACCUUACCUACAGAAGUAUAGAAGACUUGAAUGGUUGGUAUCUGACAGACUUACCAGGUCUCAUCAGAGUUACCCCUAAGCAAAGAAGAUUUGAUGGGCAUCAGCAGAUUAGCAUCAGCAACGAGGCUGCACGAAAAGUACUGCCACAGACUUACUAUUGGAGUGCACCCAGUUCUUAUUUGGGCAACAAAGUAGCAGCUGCUGGAGGACAUCUGAAGUUUACAGUCUCCUAUGACUUCAAGGAAGAAGAAGAAACAGUUCAAUUGAUGGUUCAAUCUGAUGUCAUCAUAGAGGGAGGUGACUUGAGAAUCAGCACUCCAAAAGCUGGGAUUCACCUGCAGCCUUCUGAAGAGUACACUGAAGAAAUUGUGCUGAAACCAGAAUCUUUCUCAGUGCAUGGCACCGAUGUGCCAGUCAGGAGGAGGGAGUUCAUGACUAUCCUUGCAAAUGUGAAGAGGAUCCUCAUAAGAGCCACGUACAGCAAUGGGAUGAAUGCCAUCUACAGACUAAGAAGAGUUAUCAUGGAAGCUGCUGACCACACUUCAACGGGGAGAAGGGUGGCGUCUGCGGUGGAGUUGUGUAACUGUCCUCCAGGCUAUGAUGGUACCUCGUGUGAGUCUUGUUGGCCUCAACACAGGCGUGUGAAUGGCACGAUUUUUGGUGGAAUCUGUGCACCAUGUACAUGCUUUGGUCAUGCAGAGUCAUGUGAUGAUAUCACAGGAGAAUGCCUGGACUGCAAACACAACACAGGUGGUUCUUAUUGUGAUAGAUGCCUUCCUGGCUUUUAUGGUGAUCCUACUAAAGGGACAGCUGAAGAUUGUCAGUUGUGUGCUUGCCCCCUAAAUAUACCUUCUAACAACUUUAGCCCGACGUGCCAUUUUGACCGAAGUCGUGGAUUAAUAUGCGAUGCAUGCCCAGCUGGGUACGUGGGACCACGCUGUGAAAGGUGUGCAGAAGGCUAUUUUGGACAACCUCUAAUACCAGGGGGAUCAUGCCAGCCAUGCCAGUGUAAUAACAACCUUGACUUCUCCGUUCCUGGCAGCUGUGACAGCUUGUCUGGUGCUUGUCUGAUAUGUAAGCCAGGUACAACAGGCCAAUAUUGUGAGAGGUGUGCUGAUGGAUAUUUUGGCGAUGCUCUUGAUGCAAGGAACUGUCAACCAUGUCACUGUCACGUCAAUGGCUCCUUCUCAGACAUCUGUGACUCUCGCACAGGCCAGUGCAAGUGUAAAGCCAAUGUAAUCGGGCGCCGCUGCGACGUCUGCAAGCCUGAAACAUUUGGCUUACAGUCUACAAGAGGAUGUGUUCCUUGCAACUGCAACUCCUUUGGUUCCAAGUCCUUUGACUGUGAUGGAGAUGGACAGUGUUAUUGCCAGCCUGGGGUGACAGGAAAGAAAUGUGAUCGGUGUGCCCAUGGCUUUUACAACUUUGAAGAAGGAGGCUGUACUCCCUGCCAGUGUUCGCAUUUUGGUAAUAACUGUGAUCCUAUCAGUGGCCGAUGCAUCUGCCCUCCUAAUACUGUUGGAGAGAUGUGUGACAAAUGUGCACCAAAUUACUGGGGCCAUAACAUUGUCAGUGGCUGCAAGCCCUGUGACUGCAGCCCUGUUGGAACCCUAAGUUCUCAGUGUGACUUAAAUACAGGCUGUUGCUUCUGCCGUCCUGAAUUCUCUGGGGAUAAAUGCACUGAGUGCAGGUUGGGAUACUGGAAUUAUCCACAUUGUGUUGCUUGUCAGUGCUUCCUGUCUGGGACUAAUCCACAGAGCUGUGAUACAGAGGGGAAGUGCUCAUGCAUUGAUCAUACCGGCCAAUGCAGCUGCAAGGUUAAUGUGGAAGGUGUCCACUGUGACAGGUGCAAGUCUAGUACAUUUGGUCUCUCUGCCAGAAACCCACUUGGCUGUAGCUCUUGCUAUUGCUUUGGCCUGACUACACAGUGCAGUGAGGCAAGGGGGCUGAUCCGCAUGUGGGUGACCUUGAAGCCAGAGCAAAUGAUUCUGCCUCUGGUGGAUGAAAAGCUUCAGCGCAGCACUCUGUCGGGGAUUGCAUUCCAGCCUCCUGAAAUAGUAGCAAAUAUAGAACAGGUGAUGCAGGAUCUUCGGUCAGAACCUGUUUACUGGAGACUUCCAGAGCAGUUUGAGGGACGAAAGCUGACCGCUUAUGGAGGGAAACUGAAAUAUGCUAUCUACUUUGAAGCACGAGAAGAGACAGGUUUUACCACUUACUACCCUCAAGUCAUCAUAAGAGGUGGGCCUCCCACCCACACAAGAAUUAUUGUCCGGCACAUGGCUGCCCCUCUGAUUGGGCAGCUGACAAGGCAUGAGAUAGAGAUGACAGAGGCAGAUUUCACCUGGAAACAUUAUGCAGAUGACUCAAGACCAAGUAGAGUUGUAUCCCGGGAAGACUUCAUGAAUGUGUUAUAUGAUGUUCAUUACAUUCUUAUUAAGGCGACUCAUGGCAAUAUCAUGAGGCAGAGCAG